ACUUAGUCUUUAUAUGUUUAUUGGUCUGGGAUGAGUACAUUCCUUAGACUUAUCUCUUAAUCCGUAACCAGCGAUUUUUGUUUACAUAAUAAAUUAAAAUAUCUUCAUCUAAAGACGGUUUAAAUCAAUACUAGUUUAUUAGUAGACAAGCCAAGUAUUACAAAGGGCUUGCACAUAAUCUCAAGCGACCUGAGGAUUUGUGCUUCAAGAAAUCUGAGAUUGGAUAAAAAGUAAAUGAAGUAAAGUUGUGAAUUAUUAGACAAAAAAAUUGAUGCCGGCAAGAUGACAAUCCUAUUUCAAGUGAUAUCGACAGGAAUUGCUAGCUACAUCUGCAUGUCAAUUGGCGUCAUGUUCGCCUGGCCAUCUUCCACUCUGCAGCUCUUCUCGUCUGUAAACACGACCCUCAACAGACCAAUGACGGAGACCGAGGGUGCUCUUUUAGGCAGCCUUUCUUCAUUCAGCGCCUUGAUAAGCAUACCGUUUGUCAGUUACUUUGUAGAAACUCUUGGAAGAAAAUAUUGUUGUAUGCUCUUUACAGUGAUUCAAAUAAUCAGUUGGGUCAUUAUAACUGUUUGCUACAAUGUGGAAGCCAUUCUCGCGGCAAGUUUCCUGUUUGGGAUCUGCAGAUGUAUAAUGCUGGUUGUACCGAUCUACAUCAGCGAGAUUUGCCAAGCCUCCAUACGUGGGGCGAUGACUUCAAGCGCGAUGAUCUUCCAAUCAAUUGGGAUGCUCGUUUCUUACCUCAUGGGAGGCUAUUUGAGCUACGACGCCCUGAACUACGCCUGUUUAACUAUGACAGUGCUUGGAGUGGUUCUUAUGUCUUUUUUGAAAGAGUCACCGAUACAUCUGAUGAGGAAAGGCCACGAGAAAGAGGCUAAACGAGCAAUCGCAUUCUACAGAGGCACGUCCAUCAAUUCUAAUCUGGUUGAAGAAGAAUUGAAAACGCUUCGAAGGGCGCUUAAUCCGGAUUUGGGUGAUGCUACGCCUGAAGAAGAGAAACUAAAUUCUGACCUACAGGAAAACCCUAAACUUUCCUGGUGGCAAUUUUUAAAAAAAUCAAGGUCGACCCGACGUGCUCUCUUCAUGAUAGUAGUUAUCGAUACGGCGUCACUAUUCCAAGGCCGGAUGGUGCUGCAGGUGUACGCGGAGCCUCUCUUCGCUGAGGCUGUGCCCUCAAUAUCACCAACUAUUUGCAGCGUGAUCUUCACGAUAGUGACCAUUAUGUCAAGUUUCAUUGGCGCCUUCUUGGUUGAGCGGGCAGGUAGACGGCUGUUAAUGAUCUACGCUUCCUUUGCUACUGGUGUAUGCUGCGUGCUCCUGGGUACCCAAAUUCAGCUGCACUGGGGUCCGCAUUGGGUCACUGUAAUGUUCAUGUUUAUAUACGGCGUGACUUUCGCAUGCGGAGCUGGGACCGUUCCCUGCGUGUUGUUUGCAGAGAUAUUCUUACCAGAGAUCAAGAGCGUUGCAGUAAUGAUUGAAGUCGAGUGGUUCAUGGUCUGCAGUUUCAUCGUCCUCUUCAUCUACAACCCACUCGUCACGGCAAUCGGCUUGGGUCCAGUCUUCUACUUCUUCGCGGUCGCCUGCUUCUUUUCCGUCAUCUUCUGUUUCUUCUUCUUACCAGAAACGAAGGGUCUUAAUGUGGACGUUAUUCAGACUCUCUUCAUAAAGAGAAACAUUCGACGACGUUAUAUGAUCGAUACAUAAAUCACAUUUCACACACGCAAUCAAAGUUAAAUAACUUCGGCAGAUCACGUUAAUUCCUUACUCAUACAGUCAUCAAAUUUCACAAAAAGUAGAGUAUACAACUGCUUAUGGGCGUACGGUCUUGGAAAAUACUAUUUUUCCUAAUAUAGGAAGUAAAAAAGGGGUCCAGGAAAUCACAUCGCUAAUGCUAAAUCCAGCGCUAUUUCUGAUACUUCAAAAGCUCAGGAGAGUAUACGGGCUGCAAUACAUCUGAGAAAUGGCUUUUUAAUGACCUAUUGAUGCGCUAUGCCCAAACGACAAAGCCACAAAACCAAGGGAGACAAUUUCAGCUGGGAGUAGUUAUACCUAUGAGAAGUUGACGAAAUCACCAUCCUGUAUUAUUUACCUAUUUCCUCCUUUAAAAGUGGACCGAUUGGGAAUAAUAUAUGAAGAAUUGUGGCU